AUGACUUCACGCGUGCGUUCGUGUUCUCUCGCAAAUGUUUCGUCGAAAAGAAGGACGAGAGAGCAACCGUCGCGUCGUGAACAUCUCGAACGGGCGACGGGAAAUCGUCGACGUAAUCGUCGAAUCUCGUCCUCGUCUUCCGCGCUUUUCGACGCAAAUAACGAGACAAACGAGGACAAAAACGAAGAAAAAACGACGAACGAAACGAUCGCCGGUACGACGAAAACGUCGAGAGUGGUGGAUUUCGUCGCGGCGUGGGAUGUGUUGAGCGGUCGCCUCUCCGAGUCGUCGAUGCUGAGAUCCGAAGAGGACGAAUCGGAUGACAUCGCGAGCUCGAACUCGCCGUCGCGGGAAAUGCUCCUCGCGGCUUUAGCGCUGGCGAUACCGAAGUUACAACGGAUGCCACACAUAGUUUUGGAUGAUUUUAACCGGAGACAUGAAUUUAGAGCAAAAAACAGAAAGGAAAAGGAUGAUGAAUUGAACGGCAGAUGUCCGCGCGAGCGAGCGGUGGCGAUGUGCACGCAACUCAUCGAUUUAGGCAUGGACGCGGAGUGCUGCUCGGCUGGUUUACUAAGAGACGCCUCGUUGGCGAACGAGAUUUCCUUGGAAACGAUCGAACAACAAUUAGGUUCGGGCGUCGUGAGAGUCGCGCACGAUUGUCAGAGAUUGAGAGACUUACCGGAACGAUUGCGAAACAACAACAACAACAACAACGCGUCGUCGGCGAACGCUACUACUUUCAACUCGAACGAUACUUCCUCCUCGUCGUCGUCAACAAAGAACAACAAUAAUACUAAUUCGAACAACAACCAAAAAAUGUUACUCUGCGACGACGAAUACGCGGAAAAAAUGCGCACGUUUUUGCUCACUUUCCACGACCAACGCGCGAUUGUCGUCGAACUCGCCUCUCGAUUGGACAUUUUGCAACACAGUCGGGAGAUUUUCAAAUCAACCGUCCGCUUGCAGCAAUUCGCGCUGGAGACGAUGAAAGUAUACGCGCCUCUCGCGUCCGCUUUACACUGCGGACAACUCUCGGCGGAGUUGGAAGACGCCGCGUUUCGAGCGCUCUUUCCGAAAUCCUACGAGAGUUUAGACAAAUGGUUACGACAGACGGAGAAAGACGACGCGAGAAAGUUGGAAAGAGCGAGACAGGUUUUGCUCGAGAAGAUGAGCAAAGACGCGGUUUUGAUGCGCGUUUUAAUCAAGGACGACGAAGUGUACGAGGAGUUGUUGAAAACAUCGGCAAAAAUGGCAAAAACAAGUGAUGACAAGAAGAGCGGCAACGGCACCAGCACCAGCACCAGCAACAGCGGUGGUGGUGAGAACAACAACUAUCCCGCGUCCUUGCGCGUAGCCUUGAAUUCCGCGCUCACCGUCUCCGCUCGACGCAAAUCUCGAUUCUCUUCCAUGAAGAAAAUACUGCGCGACGGACGCGACCGCGCGAAAUUACGAGACUUGUUGGGCGUUCGAGUGAUAUUAAACCCGCAAAAAGGCUCGAUCGCGGAUAUAGAUUUGAAAUCCGCGGAUAUGGCGUGUUAUCGCGCGCAGCAAAUCGCACACGCGACGUUUAGUGCGGUGAAAGGCAGAACGAAGGAUUACGUCGCGAAACCGAAGAAGAACGGGUACCAGAGUUUACACUCGGCGCUGAUCGUGAGCGAUGAUACUGACGAUACCGACGAUAUUGAGGACGACGAUCCAUCCGAGAAGAAUAAAAAUGACUCGCCCUCAUCGUCGUCGUCCAACGAUAACAACCACAAUAACAACUCUCAUAAUAACGGAUCGAGAACGACGGUUGAACUGCAAAUCCGAACCAGGCGCAUGCACGCUUCGGCUGAAAUCGGCAACGCCGCGCACUCGUCCUACAAAGGCGGUUUUACCGAGGGCGAUCCGGGCGCCGCGAAAACGCUGAAAGACCUCGUGGAUGCGGCGAAUAUUGCCGCGUAUGAAAAGUUUGGCGACUUUACGGACGAUUCUUUGCGAUACGAGGGAGGUGACGACACCUAUAAUCCGGACGCCGAGGACGCGCUCUUUCGCGCGUUUGACGUCGACAAGAGCGGAAGCGUAUCGGUGGAAGAGUUGAAACAAACGAUCGAAACGAUUUGGUUGAACGACGACGAUUCAGACGACGUAAACGACGUAUACGACGAAGAAGGAGAGAAUACGACGACAAAAACGACGACCGAGACAGCGGAGACUUUGAUGAAAAUGCUCGACGUCGACGCCGACGGCAAGAUUUCGCCGGAGGAGUUUAAAAAAUUUAGAGAAUUCGCAUCGACGUUUAAAGCGUGUUCAAACGCGGACGAGAAGCAAUCCGAACGCAUUCGUAAAGCCGUCGAAGUGGAGAUGAGCAGCGUCGAUGAUGAGGACGAGGAUGAUGAGGACGACGACGGCGACGAGGAAGAGAUCGUUGUCGUUGACGCCGUCAUCGAGAGUAAUGUCAAGAUUGACGACGGAAAAUCGAUGAUCGAAGAAGGAAGCGGUUUAGCGUCGACGUCGAAUUCUGCGCGACGACGAAUUAUUCGAGGACAACAACAACAACAACAAACGCAACAAAAGGUCAAGGACGACGACGAAAUCGAUGUGGAUAGAUUAGUGAAGGAAGUCAUCAGCGCUUCUGGUUCGUUCGAUGCAAUCAGCAGUUCGCAGGACGUUUCCUCGGACGAGAAGGAGGAAAAAGAAGAGAUUUUGCAACAAUCGUCAUCAACGACGACGAUGAAAACAAGCAUCCACGACGUCACGGACGACGACGAUAUAAACGAGAAGAAUGAGAAAAAAGAUGAAGAGAAGAAUGGCGAAACGAAGGAAGGCGCAAAAGCAGCGCAACCGUCAUCAUCAUCGCCUGAAAAAACAAUAAGCCCGGACCAAAUCAUCUCGCAAUCGUACGUGUUGAUCUCCGACUCGGACGCUUCCUCUCGCAAGGCGAGAGAAGCUUUGAAAGAUCCACUCGGCGGCGUCGUCGAGUGGCAACUGAUUUGGGACUUGCAAAGAGCCGGGCGAGCGGAAACUGCGAGGCAGUUGUUUUACCAGCGAACGACAAGAACGCCGUCGAACGUGCAGUUGUGGGAGCAAUGGGCGAGAUUUGAGCUCUUGCAAGGAGAUCAGGAACGAUCUCGAGGUUUAUACAAGACGGCUUUGUUGCACUCGGAAGGCGACGCGGCGGUUCGAGGCGCGAGCUUACGGAAAUGGGCGACCAUGGAAUUCGGGGCAAAGAACUUCGAGGAGAGCACGAGUCUAUUCAAGAGGUGCGUGUCGGUGUACGACGACGAGAUUUGCGGUCCGUCCUUAGGAUCGUCGUCGUCUUUAUCCUCCUCCUCCUGCGACUACCCGCCCAAGGGCGAGAUCAUGAAGAAUUUAGUCGAAGGUCGUUUGGUGGCGUUACACGCGUGGGCCAAAGGCGAAUUCAGACGAGGCAACGUCGAAGAAGCGAGACGAGUUUUGAAGUUGUGCGCGGACCACGUGAACGAGACGGACACCGAACCGAUCGCGCGCAAACUUUGCGCUACGGAAAACGUCGAGUACUCCUCUGAAAUCUUCAAAGACGUGAAAAUCCUGCGCGCGUCGCCGCACGUCGCGCAUUUGUACGCGCAGUUGGACGAAUCCGAGGGACAGUUAAAACCUGCUCUGCGUAAAUAUCGCUUCGCGAGUAGAAUCUUCCCGAACGACGCGUAUAUUCUGCAAUCGUUCGCCGAAGCGUUGGCGCGAAGAGGUCACGUGGUCAACAGCCGCAAGACGUUCAAAGAGGCGAUCGAAAAGUUCCCGCAAAAUCACGUCUUGGCGACGUCCUUCGCCAUCGCGGAAUCGAAACUGUUUUUGUCUAAAGGGAAAGAAACGGUCGCUCGAUCGGAGUUUGCCCGAGCGGCGUCGUUAGCCCCGUGGUCGGUUCAAGUUUGGUCCGCGUGGGGCCAAUUCGAGUACGCGAAAUCGCACGUCGACGCCGCGAAAAGACUCUUCGAACGAGCCGUCGAAGCCGAACUCGGGAACUCGAGAGCGCUGAUUGGUUUAGCCAAGUGCUACGACGAGAUGGAACUGUUCGAUAAGUGUCGAGAAACGCUCGAGUUGGCCAUGCUGUCCAACCCGGACAGCUGGGGCGUCUUUCACGAGAGCGCGAAAUUGUACGAGAAGCGAGGCAACGCGGCGAAAGCGUCGCACUUGUACAACAAGGCCAAAGCGCUCGGGAUGAAAUCGUCGGUGAAAAAGAACAACCUUCUUGCUACAACCAAUACUACUUCUACUUCUUAUAACAACAAGAACAAACGAGGCACGUGGGCGCCGGACGAACGGAACAAGACGGAAGAGCAAGCGCAAAUCGCGGUGGACAGAAUCAGAGCGCGGAAGUACGCCAGCGGGAGCGGCUCCGGGAAGAGAGACCCGGUCGUAAAGUUCUUCGACGAAAGAAGCAGUAGCAGCGCGUUUUCCGCGGAUGGAGGUUCCGCGGACGACUACUACCGGGAAGCGUUUCCGAACGCGUACGAGUACGACGAGGAAGAAGAUUUAGUCCCCGCGGAGAACGACGCGUCCGCCUCGAGCGGUAGUAACCGCCGAUAUAAUAACAAGAAGAAUUAA